UGAUAUGUAUUUUGGUAAAACCACGAGGUCUUUUUGUACCUGUUGCCUUCUCAAAAUCCUCCCAAAUUCAAAAGCAAACCCUAGACCUAGAGCAUCUCCAGCUUAACUUCUCCUGUCGGUCGUCGUCUUCAUUGCAAAAUAAAAAAAACGAAAAUUUUCAAUUCUGUAUGAAAUAAUAAAAUGGCGAAAGGCGACAAACAGAAGGCAAAAAUUGAAGAAGAAGAAGAAGAAAAUCCGGUGAUAGAACUGAGCAGCGGCGAUGAAGCCAACGAGGAUCUAAGCUUACAGAUUGUUAAGAAAGCGCUUCAAACGAGAGCUGCAAAGUUGGCCCAAAACGGCAGUAAUAUUGUCGUUUUGGACGAUGAUGACGAUAAUAACAUUGAUGCGUCUAAGAAUGAUACCGGAGUUAUUGGUGUCACUGGCCGUGAUGAGUUGGCAUCAUCCUCGUCGCCGCCUGUGGACGCUGACGUGUCAGUGAAGAAGAGGAAAAAGAAGAAAAAGAAGAUUCAAAAGAAAGAAGAAAUUCAAAUUCAAUCUGCAAAGGAAGAAGGGAAUGCGGCGGAAACAAUCCAAAAAGUUGCGGUGGAGGAAGCAUUGGAGAAUGUGGAGGCAGUUGAGAUGGCGGCGGAGUUAUAUCCCAACGCCGAAACUAGUGCUAUUGAAGUACCCGAGAAUAUGGUUCUGCGAAAACUUCUUCGAGGCCCUAGAUACUUUGAUCCUCCAGAUAAUAAUUGGUCAAAAUGCUUUAAUUGUGGAGAGGAAGGUCAUAUGGCGGUGAAUUGUCCUUCGUUUGAGAAGAAGAGAAGGCCUUGUUUUCUUUGCGGGGGUUUGGACCAUGGUGUCAGGCAAUGUUCUAAGGAACGGGUUUGCAUUAUUUGUAAAUCUGUUGGUCACCGUCCAAACAAGUGUCCAGAGAAACAUAAAGGUGGUCUUCAGAAUGCAAAAGUUUGUUUGAAAUGUGGAGACUCUGGGCAUGAUAUGUUUUCAUGCAAGAACAAUUAUUCUCAUGAUGAUCUCAAGGAGAUACAGUGUUACAUCUGCAAGAAUUUUGGCCAUCUAUGUUGUGUGAACUCUCUUGACAAUAGGCCAAGCGAAGUUUCUUGCUAUAAAUGUGGUGAACUGGGUCAUACUGGUUUGGAAUGUUUAAGCUUAUAUGACAAGGCUGCCACAACAGCCUCAUCUAGUUCAUGCUUCAAAUGUGGUGAAGGAGGACAUUUUGCACGCGAAUGCACAAGUUCUGUAAAGGCUGGGAAGAGAAAUCAUGAGAUAUCAACCCCUACUUUAAGACGUCAUAGAGAGAAUAAUGAAGCUUUGGGAUUCAAAUCUGCUCCUCAAGAUCUUAAUAAGUCUCGUAAAAAGAGGAAAUCCAAAUUUGAAGAAGGAAGCAAUACAACUCCAACAAAAUCAAAACAGAGAGGUGGAUGGCUUGCUGAGGAUCCUGAGGAAUACUCGCAGUCAAAGUCCAAAAAGAAUCAUUGGAGGUCUCCUUCAACACCGUCUUAUAAGGGUUAUAAAAAUUCUUUUGUUGGUCAGACAUCGAGUUCUUCAAUGCACAAGAGUUAUUCAGGUAUGUCGAGGUCUCCAUAUUAUAAGAAACCACAAAAUAAUCAUUCGGAAUCAUCAGCAUUGCAUAGUUCAGCUUCAUCUUUCCAUAACAGAUAUUAUUCGGCAUCAAGGUUUAGCAACUCUGGUAGUGCUGGGUUCAGGGAUAAUUAUACUUGGUGGUAGUAAUGAGUUUGCAUGUAAACAACAGCAAAGAGUUUUCGUAAAUUCUCUUUCGCUGAUCAAUUAGUGUAAUCUUGUAGCAAAUGAACUUUGAUUUGAGUUAAUUUUAUUCAUCCACAUAUUUUCGCA